CGAGAAAGCAAAGAGAUUUCAAUUAGGCAAGAUACCUUUGGCAACGCUGUUCUUCCCUAUCCUCCAUAUUGGAAAAAGAGUUCCUGUUGGUGGUGACAAGGACUAGUCUUUCGGCAAAACUUGUAUAGCGUGCAUAUAUCAUAAAGAUGGCAUUGAAAAGAAUCAAUAAGGAACUUCAAGAUCUUGGACGGGAUCCUCCUGCACAGUGCUCGGCAGGCCCUGUAGGAGAUGACUUAUUCCAUUGGCAGGCCACAAUCAUGGGGCCCCCUGACAGUCCCUAUCAAGGUGGAGUUUUCUUUCUCACCAUUCACUUUCCGACAGAUUAUCCAUUCAAACCACCCAAGGUGGCAUUUACCACACGCAUCUAUCAUCCCAAUAUAAACAGCAAUGGUAGCAUUUGUUUGGAUAUAUUGAGAUCCCAGUGGUCACCUGCACUCACCAUUUCUAAAGUGCUGCUGUCAAUUUGUUCUCUGCUAUGCGACCCAAACCCGGAUGAUCCUUUGGUUCCGGAGAUUGCCAGGAUAUACAAGACUGACCGAGAGCGAUACAAUGAACUCGCACGGGAAUGGACUCGUAAAUAUGCCAUGUGAUGACGCCGUCAUCUUCUUGGUCCAGCUCUUUCCCCCCCCUUUUUUUCAAAAUUCCCUCACCCCAACUUCCCCGCCCAUCUACUCCUUGCGAUCGGAAUGUAUCGAGAUGUCGAUGGAACUUAAUUAAUUCUAAAUAAAAUCCUUGUGCCGUCA